AUGGGAAAGGACGAGCGCCCUCACAUUAACCUCGUCGUCAUCGGCCACGUCGACUCUGGCAAGUCCACGACGACCGGCCAUUUGAUCUACCAGUGCGGUGGUAUCGACAAGCGUACCAUUGAGAAGUUCGAGAAGGAAGCCGCUGAGCUUGGCAAGGGCUCCUUCAAGUAUGCCUGGGUUUUGGACAAACUGAAGGCCGAGCGUGAGCGUGGUAUCACCAUUGAUAUCGCCCUCUGGAAGUUCGAGACUCCCAAGUACCAUGUCACCGUCAUCGAUGCCCCGGGUCAUCGUGACUUCAUCAAGAACAUGAUUACUGGUACUUCCCAGGCCGAUUGCGCUAUCCUCAUCAUUGCCGCCGGUACUGGUGAGUUCGAGGCUGGUAUCUCCAAGGAUGGCCAGACUCGUGAGCACGCUCUGCUUGCCUACACCCUCGGUGUUAAGCAGCUUAUCGUCGCCAUCAACAAGAUGGACACUGCCAAGUGGGCUGAGGAGCGGUACAACGAAAUCAUCAAGGAGACCUCCAACUUCAUCAAGAAGGUUGGUUACAACCCUAAGCAGGUUCCGUUCGUUCCCAUCUCGGGCUUCAACGGCGACAACAUGCUUGCUGCCUCCACCAACUGCCCGUGGUACAAGGGCUGGAAGAAGGAGAUCAAGGGUGGCAACGAGGUCACCGGCAAGACCCUUCUCGAGGCCAUCGAUGCCAUCGAGCCCCCCAAGCGUCCCACCGACAAGCCCCUUCGUCUUCCCCUUCAGGAUGUCUACAAGAUUGGCGGUAUUGGAACAGUGCCCGUCGGCCGUAUCGAGACUGGUAUCAUCAAGCCCGGCAUGGUCGUCACUUUCGCCCCCUCCAACGUCACCACUGAAGUCAAGUCUGUGGAGAUGCACCACGAGCAGCUCGCUGAGGGUCUCCCCGGUGACAACGUCGGCUUCAACGUGAAGAACGUCUCUGUCAAGGAAAUCCGCCGUGGCAACGUUGCUGGUGACUCCAAGAACGAUCCUCCCAUGGGCGCUGCUUCCUUCACCGCCCAGGUCAUCGUCCUCAACCACCCCGGCCAGGUCGGUGCCGGCUACGCCCCCGUCCUCGACUGCCACACUGCCCACAUCGCUUGCAAGUUCUCCGAGAUCCUCGAGAAGAUCGACCGCCGUACUGGUAAGUCGGUUGAGAACAACCCCAAGUUCAUCAAGUCCGGCGACGCUGCCAUCGUCAAGAUGGUUCCGUCCAAGCCCAUGUGCGUCGAGGCCUUCACCGACUACCCUCCUCUCGGUCGUUUCGCCGUCCGUGACAUGCGUCAGACCGUCGCUGUCGGUGUCAUCAAGGCCGUCGAGAAGGCCGUUGCCGGUUCCGGCAAGGUCACCAAGUCCGCUGCCAAGGCCGCCAAGAAAUAA